AUGGCGGUGGACAAAGGUCCGAUUCUGACUUCUGCUAUCAUUUUCUACCUGUCCUUUGGGGCAGCAAUAUUUCAAGUUUUGGAGGAACCAAACUGGGAGAUCGCAGUGAAGCAUUAUAAAUCGGAGAAGGACAAAAUAUUGAAACAAUACCCAUGUCUUACAAAAGCUGACUUGAACCACAUCUUCGAGGUAGUGUCUGAUGCUGCUGGACAAGGUGUCACCAUCACAGGGGACAAAACCUUUAACAACUGGAAUUGGCCCAAUGCUGUCAUCUUUGCAGCUACAGUUAUCACAACUAUAGGUUAUGGAAAUAUUGCCCCUAAAACACCUUCAGGGAGAGUUUUUUGUAUUUUUUAUGGUCUUUUUGGAGUGCCACUCUGUUUAACCUGGAUAAGUGAACUUGGGAAGUUUUUUGGGGGGCGAGCUAAACAUCUUGGGCUAUAUCUUACAAAGAAAGGAAUAACACUGCAGAAAACACAAUUCACAUGCACAGCUAUCUUUCUGUUGUGGGGUUUGCUGGUCCAUUUGGUAUUUCCUCCAUUUGUUUUUAUGUCUCAAGAAGGUUGGACCUACAUUGAGGGCUUGUAUUUUUCUUUUGUAACUUUGACAACUAUUGGUUUUGGUGAUCUUGUAGCAGGUGUUGACCCUAAUGCAGAUUACCCUACUCUCUAUCGCUACCUUGUGGAGGUAUGGAUUUUUUUAGGUCUGGCGUGGCUGUCUCUGUUCUUUAACUGGAAAGUGCGCAUGGUGGUGGAGGCUCACAAAGCUCUAAAGAAACGGCGUAAAAGGCGCAAACUUUCUUUGGAUGAACUGCAGCAUAUCAAGCAGGGUCACAAAACCCUUUCUGUCUCAUUAGCUCCUAAUGAUGUUAACAUUUUCAGUUUCCUGUCCAAGAAAAAAGAGGGUUAUAAUGAUCUUAUCAAGCAGAUAGGUGUUAAGAAUCAAGGAGAAGAUCUGUGUGUCAGCUCUAUCACAAGUACUAAGUCUAAAGCAGCCAACCCCUCAAAGAGCUGCAGUGAAGCUCACCGCAUAGAUGAAAAUGCCAUCCUCAAUCUAGACCGUUCACCUUGGCAGAAGCGACGAUACAGCUUGAGUGACCAUGUUACGGUGGCCCUUUCAAAAACCAAGAGCUGUCUUCUUGCCCAAAAAGAAUGUCUGCUUAUGAGUGAAAUACAUGUAGAAGGACCACUAGAUAAAGACCUAGAUAGAGAAUCAGGUUGGAUGAAUAGAUAUGAGAAUCAGUUGGAUAAGGAGGCAGCAGAUGACCACAAAUAUCUAAGACCUGGAGGUUCCCGUGGUAGCCAAAUCACAAGGGACUCCCAGGGCUACCAUUCCCCCCUCCUUCCCAAUGCCAAUAUCACCUUUAUCAAUGAGGAGAACUUAAUUAACAACAAUGAUGAUUGUGAUACAAUGCCCAAGUGUUCCAUCUCAAAUGAGAACAUAGAAUCUAAAUCCAAAGAGAAAUGUGGUUCAGGGUCAAAGAUCUCUGUGUUCACCACAGAUGAAUUGAACCAUGGCCAUUCUUAUGAAAAACUAGUGGAAGAGUAUUCUAAAGAGGACAACACCGACUCUUGAUACUUUCUUGUGUUAUGCUUGUGUCUUAUACCUAAAGUUGUCCUUAUGGUUUUUAAACCCUAAAAGAAUGGUGCAAACAAAAAGCAAGAUUUGCACAUACUCCCAUCAACUAUACAAAAAUUAGUCUUCUUGUACCAGGCGUAAUGUUAUUGAACAAAUUGUAAUAUGCCUUUGUUGUAUUAUGGAUCAUUGGAUUUGGUGAGACAGACAACAUAUG